AUGUCUUCCUCACUCGAUGAGAAUGUUCUCAAUCAGCUGAAAGGUGAACAGUCGGAUCUCUUGGACAAGAUCGAUGAGCUGCGGACCAUCGGUGUUGGGAGCCUGGUGGAGCUCCCUCAGAUCGUUGUGUGCGGAAACCAGUCCAGUGGGAAAAGCUCAGUUCUGGAAGCUAUCUCAAGAGUGCGCUUCCCGGCCAAGAGUAAUGUUUGCACUCGGUUUGCGACGGAGAUUGUUCUUCGCCGGCACUCUCAUAACAGAAUCAAGGUAUCUAUCGAGCCAGGAAACUCUAGAGAGGAUGCUCAAGUGCGGGAAAAGCUCCGUGCCUUUACUUCGGAGUCAUUUUCUUCUGGUGAAGACCUUCCCGCUCUAAUUGAAUCUGCGAAAGAAUGCAUAGGACUAUCAAGCAUCGAGAACCUUGCCUCAAACUCUGGCUUUAGCGAUGAUGUGCUGAAAGUCGAAAUUUCCGGUCCCGAUCGACCAGAAUUAACUCUGGUCGAUCUUCCAGGACUUUAUUACUCCACAAGCAGUGAUCAGGGCGAGUCGGGAAUGAACAUAGUGCAAAGUCUCACAGAAAGUUACAUGGAGAGCCCUCGCACUAUCAUCCUGGCCGUGAUCAGCGCACGAAAUGACUUUCAUAUCCAGAAAGUGUUGGAUAUCGCACAAAAGUUUGAUCCUAAGUACGAGAGAGUCUUGGGAAUUGUUACCCAGCCUGACAUCCCUGGGGCUGGGUCAGAUGACGAAGAGUACUAUUUGCAGCUCGUCGGGAAUGAGAAGGUCAGAUUGCAGCUUGGGUGGCACGUUUUGCGCAACCGCUCUUUUGAGACGGCGAAUCUUUCAGAUGAUGCACGUGACGCUCAAGAGAAAGACUUCUUCGAAAGAGGCCGAUGGGCUUCCCUUCCUCGCGAGCAAGUGGCUAUCGAAAGUCUUAGGUAUCGUCUCAGCACCAUCCUACUUUCACACAUUCGUCGAAAUCUUCCUGGCCUCAUCGUCGACAUACAAGACAAGAUCUUUCGCAACGAGCGAGCACUCGCUACAAUGGGUACAUCCCGAGCAAGUGUCCAGGAGCAACGUCGAUUUCUUAUUGAUAUCAGCAGCAAAUUCGCGCGCAUUACUAAUCAGGCAUUGAAUGGGUCGUAUGUUGAUAAGUUCUUCGGCGGCUACAAACAUCAUACAGCGAACAAUAAGGAAUUCCCUUUCCGUCGUCUUAGAGCUAUUGUUCGUGAGCUUAACGAGUGCUUCGCCCACGCGAUGACUAUCCGCGGAAGUCGGCGGAUUAUACACCUAUCUUCGCAACCUCCUUCUGACGUACUGCAAGAGAUAUCAAAGCCAUAUAUGGAUAACUGGACUCCGAAGUACAUCACGCGAGAGUCAUUGAAAGAAGAAAUAAAAUAUCAAGCGCGCGAAAGUCGAGGGAUUGAGCUACCUGGAAAUGCAAAUCAGCUUCUUGUUGGAAGCCUAUUCAGAGACCAGUGCCAGCCUUGGAAGAAGAUCGCUGAAGCUCAUAUCUUAAAUGUGUGGAACUCAGUGGAGUACUUCGUUCAACUUGUACUGAAGUAUCUUAUCGACGAUCACACCCGUGUCUCUAUUAUGCGGCAUAUCAUUUCACCUAGACUGGAGAAAAUGAAGGAGAGACUGAUGGUGAAGCUCGAAGAGAUUAGCUCCUACUACAACCGCGGCCAUCCGCUUCCUGUGGGAGACUUGUUCCUCUCCAAAAUUCAAGAGUCACGGAAAACGCGCCAGCUCGCCGCUUUGACGGAAAGUCUCGGUAUGGUUCCAGCUGGCUAUUUCAUGGAGCCAAAAACAGUCAACUACGAGCAUUUGAAGCAGGCUGCGGACAAACUACACUCAUCCAGCGACGAGUUUGGUGCCGAGCAGAUUAUUGAUCAAAUGCAAGCGUACUACGACACAACAAUCAUAACCUUCGUCGAAAACGUUGCCAUCCUUGCAAUCGAGAAUUGUCUCCUUUUCCCUCUAGAAAAUGUUUUCUCCAGUCAAACUGUUGUAGACAUGGAUGAUGAGCAGAUUCAGAGAAUUGCAACUGAGCCUUCUGAGACCCAGAAGGAGAGGACACGCCUCAACGAAGAACUUGACAAGCUACGAAGGGGCAGACAGACACUUGAUGCCUACAAACAGGAGGAAGUUUCAUUACCAAAGCCCCCUAUCUUGGGUAACUUGUUUCCUCCUGGGAAUGGAGACUACCAACUCCACAAACUCAAGCUCCGCGUUUCAAAGUAUACGUCUCGCAGAGAAUUCAAAGACGCCCAACAGACACCAGCGAAGAACACCGCCCAAGGCCUACCUCCUGUGACAGACCAGAAGACCCAGUUUGCACAGAGUUCUCUGUGCGGCCCUCCACCGAGCGGGAAGAUGGUUCCAACCGCUAUCUUCGGGUCUGCAGCUCCAGCUCCUAGUUCACAACCAUCCAAGUAUCCACCCAGUUCACCUUUUGCGGCCCCCACGGGGCAGGGCGGGGCAACACCCAAGGGAUUUGCAUUUAAUAAUGUGACACCUGGUGGCUCUAGUUUGUUUGGCAAAAGCCUUUCUCCGUCUCCAUCACAACCUAAGUCUGGAGUCUCAUCACCACCUGCUAGAGUCAAUUUAUUUGGUACUAGUAGCGCCGCGCCCAGCGGAGCCGGAAGUGGUGGAUCUGAGACCUCCCCCUCUGGCCUCAGCAACCAUGCUCUAAAGAAUGACGCUACGAAGCCCCCGAAAACCCAGGGGUUCACAAAUGGGUAG